CAUUGAGAGGGAGGAGCUAAGGAAAAAUUAACAGAAGACUUAAUGGCAUUGGAAAAGCUUCCAUAUUCCCUCUUCUUUUACUCUGUGCAUGUCAUGUUUGUGCUGAACUUGUCGAUCGCAUCUGAUACCUUAAGUCCAGGUCAGUCCAUUAAAGAUGGGGAGAAAUUAGUCUCUUCAGGCCAAAGCUUUGAGCUUGGCUUCUUCUCUCCAGAAAACUCCAAGUAUAGGUACAUGGGGAUAUGGUACAAAUUUAGUCCUGAAAAAGUAGUUUGGGUCGCCAACAGAAACAACCCGCUCACUGAUUCAAAUGGUGUUCUCACAUUUAGCGAUGAGAGGAAUCUGGUUGUUCUCAACCAAUCAAAGAGUAUCAUCUGGUCUUCAAAUCCAUCCAGGGUUUUAAGAAACCCAGUUGCACAGUUGUUGGAUUCUGGUAACCUUGUCGUUUCAGAGAAUACCAGCUCACACUCUGGUGAAUGCUCAUGGCAGAGCUUUGACUAUCCAACUGACACCCUUUUAGCUGGUAUGCGAAUGGGAUGGAAUCUCAAAACUGGUUUUGAAUGGCGUCUGACUUCUUGGAAAAGCACGGAUGAUCCUUCCUCUGGAGACUACACCCACGGAAUAAAUGUUAAUGGGUUGCCCCAAUUUGAAAUGCUCAAAAGAGGCUCCACAAAAAUAUUUCGGACAGGGCCAUGGAAUGGAUUCGGUUUCACGGGAACUCCAGCGACUGUGAGUACCCUUUUCAAGCCGUUGUUUGUUUACAAUGAAACAGAUGUGUAUUUUGAGUUUGAAUCUUCAAGGGAUGAUAUCAUCAGCAUAUACGCAUUGAAUCAGUCUGGUCUUAUUCAACGUCUUUUAAGGAAGAAAGAGAGCUCUCCAUGGGAUGUCAUGAUCUCAUUUCCCCGUGAUCCAUGCGAUAACUAUGGACAAUGCGGUGCUAAUGGUGUCUGCAGAAGUAAAGGAGACCCUAGAUGCCAGUGCUUGCAGGGUUUCAUGCCCAAGUCCCAAGAAGAGUGGCAAGUACUUAAUUCAACCAGUGGGUGCAUUAGGAAAGCCAGGUUGAAUUGCUCUCACGAAGAGGGCUUUCUGAAACUUUCGAUGCUGAUUCUGCCUGACUUGAUAGACUUCCGGUUAAACAAGAAUAUGAGCCUUAAGGAGUGCAAGGUGGAGUGUCUAAAGAACUGUUCUUGUACGGCUUAUGCUGAUUCAGAUGUUAGAGGAAGAGGGAGUGGCUGUUUGAUGUGGUUCGGCGAUCUCAUUGAUAUAAGAGAAACUGAACAAGUCAACUAUGAACAAAAUAUCUACAUAAAAUUACCAGCUUCUGAGUUAGAUUCCAUCCACAGCCCUGUCAAUAAGAAAAUACUGUUGACUGUCACGGUGGCUUCAGUCAUUUCUGGAUUGGUCAUAGCAGGUAUAGCAUUGAGUAUUAUGUGGAAGAGCAGAAUGAAAAGAAGAGGCUUGCAAAGUCAGAAGGAAGACAUUGAUUUACCGUUAUUUGAUUAUUCUACCAUUGCCGUUGCUACUGGACAUUUCUCACAGACCAACAUGAUUGGAGCGGGUGGCUUUGGUUCAGUCUACAAGGGAAAUCUCAACAUGGGUCAAGAAAUAGCGGUGAAAAGGCUGUCCAAAUGUUCAAGACAAGGUCUCGAAGAGUUUAUGAAUGAAGUACUCCUAAUUGCCAAACUUCAGCAGAGGAAUAUUGUCGGACUUCUUGGCUGUUGCAUCGAGGGAGAAGAAAGGAUGUUAAUAUAUGAGUAUAUGCCAAAUAAAAGCUUGGAUUAUUUCAUUUUCGAUUAUGACAGAAGGUUCUUGUUAGCGUGGAAAAGUUGCUUUGACAUAGUUUUAGGAAUUGCGAGAGGUCUUCUCUAUCUUCAUCAAGAUUCAAAACUACAAGUCAUUCACAGAGAUCUCAAAACAAGCAAUAUAUUGUUAGAUGAUGAUCUCAAUCCUAAAAUCUCAGACUUUGGCCUCGCAAGAAUAUUUGGAGGCGAUGUAAGAGAAGCGAGAACAAGAAGAAUUGUUGGUACCUAUGGCUAUAUGUCCCCGGAAUAUGCUUUUGAUGGAAAAUUCUCUGUGAAAUCCGAUGUUUUUAGCCUUGGUGUGAUUUUGCUAGAGAUAGCAAGUAACAAAAGGAACAGAGGGUUCUGCCAUCCUGAUCAUCAACACAACCUUCUUGGGCAUGUAAGUACAGUAUGGUUAUAUAAUCUCAUGUCUUUUAUAUGAUGUUUAAUGACAUGA